AGCCAAGGUAACGAGCUCUACUGAACAAAACGUUUAGAGAAAUCAUGAAAUAUCUGAUAAUUACCUGACCUGCGAUCAAUCAUCGUGAAAUGAAAGGUUCUAGAACUGCAUUGAGUUUUUUCCUAGCUAAUUAUAGGUAAUAAUUUUGUGUCUUAGGGGUAAAAUCAACCUUACGUAGGUGCUAUCAUCGAAGUCACAAUAAGAUACGAUAGAAACCCACAAAGAAACACAUCGGCUCAGAAGCAACGGGGCAAGAUUACCGUGCGCUGCGGGAAUGUCGAACAACACGGAAGCCGAGAUGACGAGCUCCACCGAACAAAACGUUAGCCUAGGUUUCUAUAUCGCCAUCAUUGUAGCUGGUUUAAUCGGCAAUAGUUUGGUGAUCGCUGUCAUUUCUAGCAAGAGGACCAAAAGAUCCAUCUAUGAUCUCUUUAUUUUGAAUCUUGGCAUUACCGACUUGUCGUUCAUCAUCUUUUACAUGCCAAUCCUUAUUUACGAGGGGUAUAUCAACAUCAUUUACAAAACUGUCUAUUAUUGUCGACUUGUUCAGCCUUUGUUGACAAUCUUUUAUUUCUUGAGUAUCUUCACCAUCUCUUCCAUGGCAAUCCAUCGUUGCAGGCUGAUUACAAAUCCGUACAAACCCAAAAUGAAAAAACGAAGUGGUUACCUGUGGAUCGCUGCUAUCUGGCUCUCUUCAUUAAUUAUCGUGCUGCCAUUGUCCAUUGUCACAAAAUCGAAAAACGGGCGAUGUAACGAGGAAUGGCCAUCACUGAACUAUCGCAAAGCCUACACACUAGCUCUUUUCAUUCUUCAGUUUGUUAUUCCGCUUCAGAUAAUCGCUGCAGCAAACCUUAAAAUCGGCAUCUACUUGUGGCGCUCACCUGUUCCGCAAAGUUCCCUUUCCACUGCCAAGAAGAAGCGGGCACAGAGAAGAAAAAGGGAGAACAUGCAGGUUAUCAAAACACUGGCUUUGAUCGUGAUUCUGUUCACCAUCUGCUUACUGCCGGGUCAAAUUGGUUAUCUUUUAUGGGAAUUUGGAGAUGAAGAAGACCAUGCCACGAUGGACAUCAUUUUCAAAUUUGCCAUUAUUCUCGAUUGCCUUCAUGCUUGUGUGAAUCCGAUCGUUUAUGGACUGAUAACUGAACAGUUUCGCAGAGAAUACAUCAGAUAUCUUUCGUUUUGUCUGUCAUGCGGCACAGAAGAAAAGAACGUUGUACGUCGCAACGACGAUUUGGAGAGCCCAGAUGGGAUUUUAUCGCCUGAAACCAACAGAACAAAACCACCCAAUUGCAAAGACGUAGUUGAAAUGAUGCCGGAUCAGAACGAGUACAACACAAAACUUUGAGACAUUCAAAGUACGCAUAUGGGAACCACUCAAGGACAAAUUGAUUAGUCUUAAAAUGGUGUCUGUUCAGCGGUAUCUCUUGUGAGGGACGCAGAGGUCUAAUGGCUCGCGCAAGACUCUGGGACGAGGAGUCUGGGUCGAGGAUCUGGCCAGGUUAUGGUGUUCUGUUCUUUGUCAGGAUAUUUUACUCUCUCAGCACAGCCUAUUUGUACUCACCCGAGGAUAUAGAUCAGUACCGGUGAUAAUAAAACAUAUCUCAGAUUGAGGCAGAGAACCGAUUCUCUUACAAUUAGCAACGCAAUGUACCUGCGUUCAUUGUCUUUUUUAGAUCGGGGCACCCUUUGAGAUGCAUUCCUAAACAGUCCACCUCAAAUAACAGCUUUUACUUCAAGGGGUAAAUGGCGGAGGCCAAAUCUAGCCCCUAUGGACUAGCUUUGAGGCCCGAAAGACCACACUGUAUAUAAUGUCUACAAACGAGUAUAACACAGGUUAUUCCCAUGUCCUCAGCUUAAAGCGACUGCAUGCCAGUAUUACUCCACUUGGGCGGGUUUUUGGCUGUGAAAACCCGUACCCGCACCACUGUGUAUUUCAUACUGUGCCCCUCCCUCCCCCCCACCCUUCAUUGCCUCAUUCCCUGGGUCCUCCUCUCGACAGGAAUUAGAGUGAGUGAACCCUGUCACCUGAGUAAGGAAUAAAUGAAGAAUUUCUAGGUCGCCGGCCAGAAGUGCUGCUUGCUUUUGAUUUCCCAAAAGUAAGUUUCUUUUAACCAAUUUCACUUGACGCAAACGCUCUCGUUUAUUAUCAGAGUACUUACAUUGGAAAUAUUUGUAAAGGGUGCUAAACCAGAUUAGGAAUAAUGUAGAAGAGACUCGCAUUUGAUCUGACAAAAGUAAUUAAAUG